CUUGUUUUCUAGUUGUCAUUGUCCCCUUUCCCAUUUCCUAUCAUAUAAAUAUACUCCCAAAUCACUCCCCAUUGUUAUUCUCAUCCCACACAAAAGUACUCCUAUAAAUAAAUCAAAUCAUUUAAUUUCUUCGUUAAUUUUUCAAAUAAUUCAUCUUUUUGAACAAAAUCCCUAAUUUUCCUGCAAUUUUCCCUCUGUAAUUUUUAUCUUCUGGCGGGAAAUGGAGUCAGCGCCGCCGGAAUAUUCUCCCGGCGGAAUGCAAGCAAUCGCCGAUGACGAACAGCGAGUUUAUUUAGUACCGUUCAGGUGGUGGAAAGAAGCGCAAAAUGCAUCAACGAGUGAUUCUAACCGGAUAAAAGGGGUUUUAUAUAGUGCAUCGUCUUCAUCGUCUUAUGGUGGUCCGAUGAAGUUGAUCAACAAUAUUUUUAGUUCGGAUCUUUUGUUCAAUCUUAGGAGAGAAGAAGAAAGUAGUUCUGAUAUUGGUGAAGUUAGUGUUUCUGGUCGUGAUUAUGCCCUGGUUUCUGGUGAAAUGUGGUUGCAAGCUCUUAAAUGGCAUAGUGAUUCCAAAAAUGCAAUGAAGCGGGUAGGAAGUUUUUCAGCAGGUGAUGUUGAUAUAGCAGAUGUCUAUCCCUUACAACUCAGGCUCUCUGUUUUAAGAGAAGCAAACUCAUUGGGAGUUAAGAUAACUAAAAAGGACAACGCUGCUGAACUCUUUAGACGAGCUUGCAGAAUUUUCAAUAUUGAGAACGAGUUGUUGCACAUAUGGGAUUUCUCCGGAAGGACUAGUCAUUACUUGGUUAGUGACAAUGGCCCACUUCCAUUGGAUAUUCAAGGUCAAUUUGAUCAGGAAAUACUUUUGGAAUUGCAAAUAUAUGGCCUGUCAGAUUCUCCUAGGUCUAGGGAUGCAAAGAGAGAAGAGUUCUCUGAGCCGAAUGUUGCUGCAGGAUCCUCUUCUAGUAGUUCUACGACAAUAAACGGUAGCACUGGAAGCAGUUACCGUUUCCCCAGGACGAAUUCCUGUACUUUUAGUAGCAGUGCUGUUGAGUCAGGUUCUUUGGGUUUGACCGGAUUGCAAAAUCUUGGAAAUACAUGUUUUAUGAACAGUGCACUUCAGUGCUUAGCGCACACCCCAAAGCUUGUUGAUUAUUUUCAUGGAGACUACAAUAAAGAAAUUAAUCACAGUAAUCCAUUGGGCAUGGAUGGUGAAAUUGCUUUGGCUUUUGGAGAUUUGAUUAGAAAGUUAUGGGCUCCCGGAGCGACUCCAGUAGCACCUCGGACCUUUAAAUCAAAGCUCUCUCGUUUUGCUCCCCAAUUUAGUGGCUUCAAUCAGCAUGAUUCGCAAGAAUUGCUUGCUUUUUUGUUGGAUGGACUCCAUGAAGAUCUGAACCGUGUGAAGCUAAAGCCCUAUGUAGAAGCUAAAGAUGGAGAUGGUCGGCCAGACGAGGAUAUAGCUGAUGAGUAUUGGCGAAAUCAUCUGGCUCGAAAUGAUUCUAUCAUUGUUGAUAUUUGCCAAGGUCAAUAUAGAUCAACACUAGUUUGUCCAAUUUGCAAGAAGGUCUCCAUCACAUUUGAUCCAUUUAUGUAUCUGUCGCUACCUCUACCUUCAACUUCAAUGCGGACAAUGACCUUGACAAUCCUGAAUACUGAUGGUACCUCUGGGCCUGUUGUGGUUACUGUUUCUGUGCCUAAGUAUGGGAAAGGUGUAGAUCUUAUUAAAGCUUUGACGUCUGCGUGCUCUUUGCGAACAGAUGAGACACUUUUGGUGGCUGAGGUGUACAAUCACCGUAUUAUCCGUUUUUUGGAAGAUCCAGCCGACUCAUUGUCCUUGAUUAGAGAUGAGGACCGUCUGGUUGCUUAUCGGCUACUAAAAGCUGCUGAGAAAGAAACUACAGUGGUGUUUAUGCAUCAGGAGAUUGAAGAGCAGUAUAUCAACGGGAAAAUUACUCAAGGAUGGAAAUCAUUUGGAAUUCCUCUUGUGGCUAGAGUCUCUAACAAGAUGAAGGGAGCAGAUAUCUUUAACUUGUAUAUGAAGUUGCUUAAUCCAUUUCUCAUGCCUAAUGAGGACAACUUACAAGAUCAGGAUGCCUCCAAAAGCUCUGUAGCUGAUAAUAUGAUAGAGAAUACCUCAAAUCUUGUUGUUUAUGAACAAACUGAUGGUACUGAAGUUGAUAAUGAUGAGGGCAUCGAGGUGGCAGGUUAUUGUGAGUUUCUGUUUUACUUCACAGAUGAAAAAGGCAUUCUUAGGAACUCCAAGAUAGAAAUGGAUGACUCUGCAAUAUCUGAGAACUUGCCGAGACGGUUGAAUGUCGCUGUUUCUUGGCCCGAGAAGAAAACUGAAAUCUAUGACACUGUUCUGCUUAGCAAUCUGCCUGAAAUUUUCAAGUCUGGCUUUCCGGCUAAAAGGCCUCAAGAGAUUGUGUCUCUUUAUAGAUGCCUUGAGGCUUUUCUAAAAGAGGAGCCUCUUGGACCUGAAGACAUGUGGUACUGCCCUGGCUGUAAGCAGCAUCGUCAAGCAACCAAAAAGUUGGAUCUUUGGAGACUCCCUGAAAUUCUAGUGAUUCACUUGAAGAGGUUUUCAUACAGCAGAUACACAAAAAACAAGUUGGAGACCUAUGUUGACUUCCCAGUUGACAAUCUUGAUUUGUCCAUGUAUAUUGCUUGCAAGAAUAUGCAAACGUCUUGUCGUUAUGUGCUUUAUGCAAUCAGCAAUCACUAUGGAAGCUUAGGAGGUGGUCAUUACACUGCUUUUGUCCAUCAUGGUGGCGGUCGAUGGUACGACUUUGAUGAUAGCAAUGUUUCCCAUAUGAACGAGGAGAAGAUAAAGACUUCAGCCGCUUAUGUUCUUUUCUAUAGAAGAGUUGAAGAUUUGUAAUAGGCAAACAUCAGCCAUCGAUGAUACACACACUAGAGCAGCGUGUUUUUAGAAAAUCCCAUCCCAGUUAUUUAUUCUUUUAUUAAAUAUUUACCAAAUUGAAAGGUGAUUGUGUGUUCUCUGGCAUCAUUUUUUCUGGGAUGCUUGGGGACUCCUUGUCGACACUCAGAUAUGUCUGGGAGACCUUGUUGAUCUUGCUAGGAGGGUUUGAUGGAUAACAGAGAAAUAGCUGAAUUUGUUCUCUGCAUCAUUUUUUCCGGGAUGCUGUGAGACCUUGUUGAUCAUGCCAGGGUUUGACGGACAGUAGCGAAAUAGCUGAAUUUGUACCAGGAUGAGCACCGUUCGUAUCUUUAAACACUCUGUAGAAGGAACACCUCUAGUAAUUUACUAACCCAAAUUCUUUUUCAGGAGUAACUUAAUACCUGAAGUCAUUUGUUUCUGUAUCUUUGAUUUUCUUUGCAAAAGGGGUUGAGUUUGCUUUGCUGCUUUAGAGCUUCAAAUCAACCCAAAGCAGUGUAUUCUUUUUGUUGUAUGCGAUGUAACAUACCAAGGAUUAGUUGAUAAGCUAUUGGACCGUAAUUCUUUCUCUUUUAUGGACUUGAUAUUUUGGUA